CCCCACGUUCCUCAUUUCCCCUCCCCCCAACCUGCAUCCUCCUCCGCGUGCCACUGCGGCCUAGCGGUGCUUGCUGAGAGGAGCCUACAUGGCGGCGACUUUGGGGAGCAGGGAGCACUGGACCGAAGGGAAGGUGUUUAUUCAGCUUUGGUCUGGACAUUGAAAAGACUAUAUAAAGUCCAUAGCAUGGCCCCCACACUCACCUGCUCAUGAAUGAUGCGGCCAUGAUUCCUGUCUUCUCCCAGAAAGAGCUCCUGAGUCAGAUAGGAGAGGCUGAUUUUCAGGGACAGUACUUGGCCUAACGGAGGUGCCGUUGCUUUGCAGCAUACAUUGAUGCAUUUAGAAGAAAUAAAUAUCCAGCUGACGAAACUACUGACAGUACUGACUUCUGUGGAUGCCAUAACUGUCUGAAUUCUAAGAAGGAAAAGAAGUUUGAGAAUGAGAGAAGUCAGGCUCAGCCUGGAGAGGCUAGCAUGACCUAUACAGAAGAACAGUUACUUGGGGUACAGAGGAUAAAGAAAUGCAGAAGUUAUUAUGAAAUUCUGGGAGUGGACAGAGAUGCCAGUGAUGAGGAUCUAAAGAAAGCUUAUCGAAAACUGGCCCUGAAGUUUCACCCAGAUAAGAACUGUGCACCUGGAGCCACAGAAGCUUUUAAAGCAAUAGGGAAUGCCUUUGCUGUUCUCAGCAAUCCUGACAAAAGAUUACGCUAUGAUGAAUAUGGAGACGAACAAGCAACUUUUGCCGCCCCCCAGCCCAGACCCUAUACUUAUUACCCAGAUUUUGAAGCUGACAUUACUCCAGAGGAGGUCUUCAAUGUCUUCUUUGGAGGACAUUUUCCUACAGGAAAUAUUCACAUGUUUUCAAAUGUGACAACAGAUGACACACACUUUUACCGUCGACGACAGAGAAAUGAAAGGGUGCAGACCCAGAAGGAAGAAGAAGAAGAAAAGCCUCAGAAUAUGUAUUCUGCAUUUCUUCAGUUGCUUCCAGUUCUCGUGAUUGUGAUUAUAUCAGUGAUUACUCAGCUGAUGGCCACAAAUCCUCCAUACAGUCUAUUCUAUAAAUCGUCCAUGGGGCACACCAUUUCCAGAGAAACAGAGAAUCUGCAGGUGCCUUAUUUCGUUGAUAAACACUUUGAAAAAAACUAUAAAGGGCCAUCACUACGUGAUUUGGAGAAGACUGUAGAAAAGGAUUAUAUAGAUUAUAUUCAGUCAAGUUGUUGGAAGGAAAAACAACAAAAGUCAGACUUGACAAACUUGGCCAGACUGUACCGAGAUGAACGCUUGAAACAAAAAGCAGAAUCACUGAAACUUGAAAACUGUGAAAAACUGUCCAAUCUUAUUGGCCUCCAUAAAGGUGGUUGACAGAAUCAUAGAUGGAUUAUUACACAAGGACAUGAGUUUUUCUUAGUUGUUCCUAUUUAUGUUAGUAAUUCCACUUUAUAAAGAAAAGAAAAUUAGAAAGUCAAGUCCAUUUUUUAUGGCUUGCUAAAACUCAAGUGGACAGAACUAAAAACAGUUGAGCCAUGGAGACAGUAACCAAUCUUCUUAUAAUCCUUUGUGUGGUCUGACUCCAAAAGCCAGUGACAGUUUAACUAAACUGAUUUCAUGGGUUUAAGUAUUUGAUCUGACACUAGUUCCACAUCAUUCCUGAAUACCCUCUGGGGACUUUGUUCCAAAAGUAGAACCAAACAAAACAUUCUCUCUUAUAGGUAGAUAAGUGUAUCAUCCCGAAAUAAACAGCCACCAUUUAGUCCUGUGCGACACACAAGCUUUAUAGCUUUAGUUAUAGCCCAUACAGCAAAUAGUACCUUUCCAUCACUUAGCAAUGUCAUUUCACCCCCAAAUCACUAGGCAGAACAUGUUUAAAGGGAAUUCCUCAUUAUUCCAUGGCCAUGAGAAGGACAUGCUUAAAGGAAAUAAAAUGAGAUAUGUAAAGCACUUUGUAAAACACUAGAUUAGUGUCCUACUAUUAUUAUUGUUGUUAAUAAUAACACAGAUAAUUCUAAACUUUCCUUGUAGCUAAUAGUUAUCACACCCCCAUUCUUUUAUUAGAGUUGCUGACAUUAGCAACACUACCUGAUUUGAGUUUUCACCUGAUUUGAAUUUUAUUCUACUCUCCUUUGGUUUAGGUUUCAGUGUACUGUGACAUUGCCAAAAACUCAGCAAUAGGCCAGAGACCAAAGAUGGAAAUACUUUAGGUCCUGGACAAUUACAAUUCACAGAUUGGCUCCUCAUUAAUUAAGAGUUGACUUGUGUUGCUCCUAAAGAACAAUAGGACAGGGGCAGCUAGGUGGCGCAGUGGAUAAAGCACCAGCCCUGGAUUCAGGAGUACCUGAGUUCAAAUUUGGCCUCAGACACUUGACACUUACUAGCUGUGUGACCCUGGGCAAGUCACUUAACCCUCAUUGCCCUGCAAAAACAAACAAACAAAAAAAGAACAAUAGGACAUCUCUGGAACUCAGGUACUUCAUCUCUAAAAUGAAGGGGUUGGAUUAAAUGACCUCAGAGGUCUUUUCUAACUCUCAGUCUAUGAUCCUAUGUGCUCCUGUAUAUUUCCUUACAGAAAAGUACAUGGUGAAAGUUCCCUCUUAGGUUUUUCACUUUAUAUGACAAAAUUCAAGUUGAAUUUCUCAACCUCGUUUAGGGGCAUGAGAGUUAGCAGAGCCAUGUUUGACAACAGAGAGAGAGAGAAAACGAUGUAAGCUGAGGUGAUGCAGACUGGGUCAAAAGGGUGGAAGAGUCUUCCCUUGAAAUCUUUGUCUCCAUAAGUUCUCUCUGCCAUUUGUAAUGGCUCCCCCUUCAGUGUCAUUUCUCAGGUUGCCUUUCAUCGACAAGAACCUUGUAAACCAAAGAAGAGAUUGCACAGAAUCAGCUCUCUUCUAGAAAACACUUCUCUGAUGGGGAAAGGGCACCUCAUUGCACAUAGUCAUUUGGUUCCUUAUCUUCCUGUUAAGAUGCUCAGUAAGACAGCUAGAAUCCUUCCUUCUUAGGGCUAGGACUGAGAUUCCCAUUUGAUGAUUACCUGUUUUUAGAAAUAGAAAAAAAGAGAGGCCCAUGGCUGGCUCUUCCAAAGCUAAAGUUCCCUUUUUCUAUGUUCUAGGAAUCUAGGUGUAUGGGUCCUGAAUUCAGCAAAGGAUAGGUCUGGAUCAUAGAACUUUGGUCUCUGAUGAACUGGAGAAUGCCCACAAGAAGGUGGGAAUAACCUCUUUUUACUGCUGAGAUAUACUCUAAAGAGUCAAGUAGUUUACUGUUUACUUUGAGGGCAUAGCCUCAGGAUCCCACUUGGUGCUUUGAGGUGUUCUUCGAAAGCCCUUGGCAAUUCUUUCAGAAAGAUCUGCACUAUAAAAUUUGUACAUAUUCAGGGAGGCCUGGGGAAAGUUGAGUUUCCUGUAUAUCUUGAAAUUAGAGCUCUCUUUUUUUUUGAUUUCUCCUAGAAAUCAAAUUAACAUGAAAGGCCCUGCUCUGAAUGGUUAUGAAUAAUAUAGACAUUUAUUUGAUAGUCAGAGAUUAGUUAUUUGUGAAACUGUUGAAUAAAGGCAGUGUUUAAUGACAUUUACAUGCCAGAGAGCAUAUAUGUUUAUAGCACUGAUGAGAGUGUUAUAUUUCUUGAGAGCAACACAACUGCAUUUGAUUUUUCCCAAAGGAACAGUUAGUUUCUGUUUUAAUAUGCUACUUGUAAUCCCCAGUAUAUUGUUACGUGAAAAUUUUCCUGUUUGUUUUAGUUAAACUAUCUGCAUGACAGUGUUUGCCACAACCUUUGGAGUAGGCCCUAACAGUAUUAAUAUUGCAGGUGAGGACCAUGCUGCUUCCUGCUGUAAAGGCAGGACAGACAUUUCUGUGCACUCUUUCCAUGUAAAUUACUGUAGGUUUGAGACUUGUGUGGGCAGGUUGAAAUGGUGCUUGGCGAAGGUGGGGACUAUUGUGCUAAAUUAUUUUAUGAAUGGAUUAUAUACACCUCUUUCUCUUUAUGUUCCAUGCUGAGUAAUGGGGGGGAGGAAAGGAAAAUCUUUCUUGCCUCCAGAGGAAUUCACAUCUUUGGAAAAGAAAAGUCACCUCAGGAUCAGCCAUCUGCUUGCUGAAAAGUUCCAGCCUACCCAUCAAGCCAAAGCUACUGACUUUCCUCAUGAUCACCUACAUGAGCAGUGCUUCCUCAAAGAAAGGACCAGGCAAGGAAUGUCAAUGAAUAAGGCUUUUGUUGCUUGAACUGCUAGGAACUACACUGAAUUCUAAGCCACACAGGUAUGUGGAAAGCACUUAAUAGCCGAGAUAAACUGUAUUUUAAUGGUCAUGAAACAAAAGAAACUCUCACUUCCUUAGUGACUAUUAUGGGAAUGUACACUUAACACAGAAACACUCUCUUCCAUUAAACUUUGGCUAAACAUCAAAGUUGUUUGUCUAUGCAUGCUGUAAUACUUUAUGGGAACUAGAGUUUAUUUUGAAUUUACUUUAGACUCACUGUUCAUUUAAGAUGCCAGCUUAGCAACCAAGCAUUUAUUUUCUGAGAGUAGUGUUACCAUUGGUUUAAGAUUUCUAAGCCUGCAUUGUAUUUACUCUAGCAAAGAAAUGUUGACUACUAGUAACAGUCUGCCCGUUCUUUAAAAAUUGAUUGUGCCAUUUGGAUGUGCCUCUGUAAAAUGUUUGGAAUUAAAGUUAUGAAUGCUCUCAACAUCA